AUGAUACUCUCGCCUAUCUGCCCGGGCAAGAUCAUCCUGCCUCUGAAAGACAUUCCUCAUCAUCUCACCAAAUUCCAGCGCUGUUCGAUACGAACACUACAGCAAGAUACCGGCCUGUACUUUCUCGCCUCAGCCAAGCCUCUCGAAAUGUCCGAGUUCAUGGACCGAAGGCAACGCCUCGCUGAAGCCCUGCACAAGGAUGGCUUCGACGCAUUCGCAGUCGAGCCCGGAUAUACAUUCUCCUACUAUGCAAACGUCACUCAAUCGCAAUGGGAGGUAUGGGAACCCGAAGAAAGGCCUUUCAUCAUGGUCGUAAAACCACAUCUUACAGAUUCAGGAAGUAUCGUCGCCAACACCACAUUCCUGGUUCCAGCUUUUGAAGCUCAACGUGCACGUCUGUUGCAGAUGCCAUUUCCCGACGAAAUCGACGUGGUGACGUAUGAAGAGCACUGGAAUCCGUAUUCCACGUUGUUGCACUCUCCCACCUUCGCCUCGCAUCGUCAUCAGAAGAAGACCCCGCCAAAGAUGAUGGUCGACGAAGAAAUGCGAGACUUCAUUUCGCGAGGUCUCGCACAGCACGGGUUUGAAGUCCAUGGGCUCGGGGGAUCUGUCGAACGCGUUCGACAGACCAAGUCACCGGCCGAAAUUGGUAUUCUCCGUGCAGUAAACACAGGCACCGUCGAAGCCGUACGCGCGAUGCGAAAAUGCCUGACUCCAGGCCUCCGCGAGGACGAUGUCAUGUCAGUUCUCGACAAUACCAUGCGUUCUGCCGGUCUGGAUCCAUUCUUCGACAUCGUCCUCUUCGACGAGAAUGCCUCCAACCCUCACGGUGGCACAGACGGGACCAAGGUAUUGGAGAAGGAGACCAUGGUCCUGAUAGACGUUGGAGCGCACUUGUACGGCUACAGCAGCGAUAUUUGCAGAUCCUUCUUCCCUCCCUUCUUUCCCCAAGUAGAGACAACAAAGCAAGACAUUGCCGCUCUCGAUGAUCACCAUGUGCAGGAAAAAUUGCACGUUUGGAGAAUCGUGUUUGAUGCGCAGACUGCGUCGCUGCACGCUCUGCACGAGAAUGCAAGCUGUGCUGCUGUCGAUCUUGCUGCUCGUCAAGUCAUCGACAACGCGGGUUAUGGCCAAGCGUUUACGCAUCGAGUCGGACACGGCAUUGGCAUCAAAGCUCACGAGAGUCCAUAUCUUCACAAAGGCAAUACCGCAACCCUACUAAAGGCGGGCAUGUGUUUCACGAGUGAACCAGGCAUCUACUUGGUCGAUAAAUUUGGCAUUCGACAUGAAGAUGUUUUAUUGGUACGAGAAGAUGGUCUUCCCGAGCUUUUGACUGGCAAACGCGCUAGUGGACCCUGGGAUCCAUAAGUUUUCGUCCUCCUCCAUGAUGUCCCUUUCGCACCAACGAACGUUGCUCCUCCGAAACUUGAUGCGUGCUGCGACGCCAUCAGCUUCCAAGAGAGAAUGAGUCAUCUAGCACGAAUGAGAUGGUAUGCGGAUCUCCCAUCCUCGCCACUUUCAGCCCUUUUUCCACAGACGAUCAUUUUUUUUCGCGGUCUUGAAGCUGAGAGAGAAAUCGGUAACGAACGGCAUAGUUGCGUAUAUGUUUGGAUUGUGUGGUGAGGCUCUCUUUUCAUGAUGCUGGAAUGGUGACAACAGAUUGCAGUGACGAGUGUGAUACUCUAUGUGAUUGGCCGCGGUUCUGUGAUUGGAGUACUUGCCGUCUUCUUACCAUUGACGAAGGGGCGUGCAUGAGCCGACCUGCAGUGGAAUGUAAUGCAUGUAGAUCGGCGGCUCGCCAGCAUCUCUUGUUGUAAGCGGUAGCAUCAGAGAUCUCGGUUGUAUAUGUUUGUGCGUGUGAAUGCUGGGGACAUGCAGAGCUACCGGGCCCGAAAGUGAACAGCAUCAGCGAAACUACAACCUUAUGGAGAGGGUCCAUGUAGGGUAGAUUGGGGUAUCGUGAACGAAAGUCUUUUGAGACAAAAAAACACCGGGUACUGCUUCCUGCCGACUUGCUUUCGCCUGGCCUUCCCGAUCGUAGUGGAAUAAGCAUUGCUCAGAGCUUCAAAUGACUCCCAUGCUUACGAAGUCUUUCACAGCAAACUCAAUUGCUCGAGCAACUUCCACACCUUCUUCCCAAACUUGAUCAUGCUUCCCCUUGAGCUCCAGUAGCCUCGCCCUCCGCGAACCAGAAGUCUUGAAGCCUUGCGAGGAAAGGGAUUUCAUCAUCAGAUCUGGUUGCUCCCACUCGACAAGCUCAUCUUCCCGCGAAUGCGCGAUCACUACAAGCUUUCCAUCUUCCCAGCUCGCACCAAGAUCUGCGGACGUUGGGCUAGCAGCCUUCCAGUUGGCCUCUUUGGGGCCAAAAGCAGCCUCGACAAAAUUGCGAUAGAAAGCGCUAUCGGAAUGAUAGCGCACCAGGGCAGGGAGGUCAUACAAUCCUUCGAUGCCGAGAACAGCCAGCGGCGGCACCACGUUGAGCUGCAAGGCCGCAGUAGACUCGUACUGCACGCCCCAGUAACGCUUCAUCAACACCUGCAGAGCUAGACAGGCGCCGCACGAGUGACCCACCAACAGAUAGCGGCCUUCAAAGCGGUAGGUCUCUUGGAGAUGGAGAAUGCCAGCCAGUACAUCGUUGAUAUGAUCGGGAUGACUGGCGUUUCGAGCGGGAUCUCCUGGAUUUGACGGGCUCGUAGGGUGCCAUGGAGCUGGUGAGAGGCGAUAAUUUAUGGAAGCAAAUCCGGCAAUGUGCUCUUCGGCGUGAGACUUGAGGAGUAUAUUUUGAGCUUUGUCAAAGGUGGUGGCCGUCUGCUCGGGGUCAAACCAGGCGCCACCAUGGAUGUACACGACCCAUAUGCGUUUUUGAUCGUUGGCAGAUGUUGGUCGAGGGAUGCAUGUUUGGAGAGUGUUCAGGCUGGACGCGUUUCCAUAAUGAAUGUCGGUGCGGAACUGCGGCCACUCAUCCGUAAGGGUCACACCCAUUGCUGCUGCCGCUACUGCUGCUGUACUCUCUGACGGCUAGCGGAGGAAGGUUCAGGUUUCGUGUGACUCACAACCGAGUGGUCAGAUGGAGAACGGGAGACGCCUCGUUGUUGCCACUAACGGGGCAGAAAUGUCAGAAAAGGCAGGAUCACUGGUUGUCGUUGGGCAGCACGACGGGAGUGUGAUGAGGUGGUUU